GGAGUGCCAAGAACCAUGUUUGCAUUGUUUGCACCCGACUGCCCCAAGUUCAGAUGCCACCACACUGUGUGCCACCUCUGCAACAACGAACGCGAUGCCCCCCUCGCGAGCCUACUUCCCGUCCAGAGCGCUUCUAAGGGCUCUCUCACGACCGCUUCUAAUAAGAUGUCCUUUCACGCGCCCCAUGACAGCGCAAUUCAUCCGCGAGAAACGCACGAAAGCCGCGACAGCUAGAAAGGCCGAAUCAGGUUCCAAUUCCACUAUCACACUCCUCCCAAAGGCCCCCUCGAUGGAAGAGGUCAAGCGCGCAACAUGGAAGAUUGAAUCGGACAUGGAGGACAUGGAUCCAAGAAUGCGCCCGCUCUCCGACAAAGAACUCGAGUCGGACGACCUACCCAUCAUCAACUGGUACGAGCAAGAUCUAGACAAGGGCACCCCACAACGACUUGUUGAGCGUCUAGCUACGCCAGAAGACCGAAAAAAGGACAAGGAGAUGUUUAUGAUGAUUGAAGAGUCCCAAAAGGGCCCCCAGUACGAUGAUGCGCAAUUGAAUCGGCGACUUAUCGAUAGCUUGAUAUCAAAUCCGAACUUUGCAGACUUGACGCAAGAAUUGAGAGAUAUCAAGGAAGGAAUCAGAACAAAGGAAGAGCUGAAGGCACUAGACGACCAGGCAGCCAAGGACGCAGAGCCAGAGAUCAAGCAGUUCAAUGCGAGCUUGAGGAUGGCGACACAUCAGGCCCUCCAAGAUCUGAUUGACGAUCCUGAUAUUGGGGACGCGCGGGAGGAGCUACAACAUGUGCAGGCCAAGAUGCCAGAAAUGGAUGACAUCGACAACCCCGACUUCCAAGCCAUGCUAGAGAAGGCAAUGGCCAAACUAGACGGCAAUAAGGCAUUUCAGAAGAAGAUGGCGGCCGUGGCAGAUGCAUCCACGGACGCCGAUUUCGAGGAAGAGUGGGAAUCGUUUGAAAAGGAUGUCGAAGAAGCGAUCGACGAGAAUGGAAGCGACGACGCUGAUCUCGACUUGGAGACGCCUAGCGAUUUGCAAGAUGUAGACGAACUGUUACACCAGAUGCGCGACGUUCUCAAGUCCAUAGGCGGUGAUAGCGACCUAGAGGCCGAAUUGGAUGCCGUACUCAGCGAAGAUCCCGAGGCUCAGCAAGAAGGCGACAUUGAGCGCGAAAUGGACCCUGAAGAACUUGCCGAGGAGCUGAAGAAGUUGGCACAGUCCAAAGCACCACACACCCCGGAAAGCGAGGUAGAGGAAGAGAAUAUCCCCGUCGAGCUCCAAGCCAAGGUCGACCAGAUCAUGGAAGACCCCAAACUCAUGGAGAAGCUUAUGUAUAUUCAAAAGCUCAUCGGUGAGUCUGAGCAACAAAAGGCAGACCUCACAACCAUCGCCCAUGAAACCGCGCCCGACCCCUACGAACUAGAAGAGAUCCGCACCGCCACGCUCAAAGAGCGCAUGCACGCGGCGCGCCAAACACCAGAGCACAUUGCCGCCCUCCAGCGCCUCCACGUGAACUUGCUUCCCCCAUUCAAUAUCUCCCCCGCCCUCAAGUCAUUCAAUCAGGCUAUCGAGCUCGCGUACAUCGGUGCCAACGACGACAUACGACGCAUCUUAUGGCGCACAUAUCAAAAAGCGCGUUCGCUACCGACUUUCCUACAGAAUAUGAGUGACGAGGCAUGGGAUAUACUGUACUACUCGCAGGCAGUGACGUGGGGCAGCAACCAGAAUCGCCAGGAUCAUCUCAGGAUAAUUUUGGCAGACUUGAAGAGGUUGGGAAGGGAGGGGCCUCCUACGCAUCCUAGUGCACUUGUCAAGCCAGGGGGUGGAGAGCACUUGGAUGUUUGAUGAGGCUACUGUAUAAAACACUAUAUACAUGAUUUAGCACGUUAGAACUGUACAAUAUAACUUGAUACCCCUU